AUGUCCACAGCAGCAGUAGAGGAUUCUUUCACCGGACCAAACUUGAACAUCACGUUAACAUGUCCUGAUUGCAAGACUUACCCACCGCAGUUGAUCGAGGCGUACGCCAGUGGCGACUUGAUUUGCUCGCAAUGUGGGUUGGUCAUCUGCGACCGAAUCAUCGAUACCAGAUCAGAAUGGCGUACCUUCUCUAACGAUGAUCAGAAUGGUGGUGAUCCAAGUCGUGUGGGUGAUGCCCUGAACCCGCUUCUUGAUGGUGAUCAAUUGCAAACCUUGAUUUCCUUUGACAAGAAGGACUCUAGAGCCAGCAGAGAAUUGAAUAGAGCCCAGAGCAAGAGUUUGGUCGACAAGAAGGACAAUCAGUUGGCAGCGGCAUUCUCAAAGAUCUCGCAGAUGUGCGAGACCUACGCGUUGCCAAAGAUUGUCCAAGAUGCCGCGAAAGAGGUGUAUAAGUUAUCAUACGAAGAAAAACCUCUUAAAGGGAAAUCGCAAGAGGCAAUCAUGGCAGCGGCGAUCUUCAUUGGUUGUAGAAAGGCAAAUGUCGCGAGAACUUUUAAAGAAAUCUGGGUGUUGACUAAAGUUCCAAAGAAGGAAAUUGGCAAAACUUUCAAAUUGAUCAAAAAGAUCAUUGAAGAAAAGGGUCACAGUUCUAACAGCACUAACCCAGAAUCUAUUCAAACCACACAAACUACUGCAGAAGAUUUGAUUCGUAGAUUCUGUUCACGUUUGGGUCUCAACAACCAAGUCACUAAUGCGGCAGAGUACAUUGCCAGAAGAGUUAAAGAAUUGGGCGUUUUGGGGGGUAGAAGUCCAAUCACCAUUACUGCUGCCGUGAUUUACAUGGCAGCAACUCUCUUUGAAUCUGACUUGAAUCCUACCAGAAUCUCUUACAGCACGGGGGUUAGCGAAGGUACAAUCAAAACCAGUUACAAAUUGUUGGCUGCAAAAAAGAAGGAAUUGAUCGAUCCAUAUUGGAUCACCAGUGGGAAAGUCAAGGAAAAUGCUACUGUGAAAACUGAAAAGUAG